UCAGGGGUGUGUCUGGCCAAAUGGGAGAGUAGUUACAACACCAGAGCUACAAACUACAACCCUGGAGACCAAAGUACUGACUAUGGGAUAUUCCAGAUCAAUAGCCACUACUGGUGUAAUGAUGGCAAAACCCCAAGAGCAGUUAAUGCCUGUGGUAUAUCCUGCAAUGCUCUGUUGCAAGAUGACAUCUCUCAAGCCGUGACUUGUGCAAAGAGGGUUGUCCGUGACCCACAAGGCAUUAGAGCAUGGGUGGCAUGGAGAAACCAUUGUCAAAACCGCGACCUCACUCAGUACAUUCAGGGGUGUGGAGUGUAACUGCAAAAUUUUCCUUCCUUCUUCAGCUCAUUUUGUUACUUUGCCACAUUAAGGGACACACUGCCACUAGUGUAGUGUGUCACACUACCAUUGUUUCCCCUUCAAACAAGUAGCAUUUUUACAGAAGCAGGAACAAAAUAUAGCCUUUCUCCUAAGAGCCAUACCGUUCAUAAUUUGUGUUUUACUUAAUAGUAACCCCCCAUCUCCAAAAAUAGGAAAAAUAACCACUCUCUUGGGCAGUAUAAAAUUCUUAAAGGAGUGGAAAGCCAACCCUUAAAAGUGAAGACUGACUGAAGGAAGAAUGUGUUUGCACAAAGUGUGUGACCUUCUGUUUAAGAAUUUUCAUAAAAAAUGUUCCAUUUAUCCAGCUUUAUAAACACACUCACAAUUUACAUAUCAAUUUGUUUUAAGCUUUGAAAGAACACUUGCCUGCAUCUGACUGAUCAUAAGCCAUUAAGGAGGGAUUAAAUGGGCUGUUGCUAUUCCCCAAUUUUAUUAACUUAGAUUCAUGCAUUUCAUAUAAAUCUGAGACAGAUAAGCUUGCAUUACUAAUUAACCACAGGAGUGAAAUUAUGCAUACUGUAAAAAUACAAAUGUCAUCAUUAAAUGGUUGCAUUGCA